UUUCAACUCGCGCGUCUCUGUAUCGAUUAGAAAUGUCUGUGUCAUUGCAUGGCGCCUGUGUUUGAGUGUUUUGAAGCCUGGAGCCUCGUAGAGCAUCGUUUAUGAGAACUGGCAACCGGCACUGAGCAGACAUGGGCCGUCACUCAUCAGACAGCGAGGACGACAGCCGCAGCCGGCGCAAAAAGAAGCACAGACGCCGCUCCUCUUCCUCCUCUUCUUCGUCCAGCUCGUCGGGAAGCAGAGUGACCAGCCGGAGCAAACACUCCAGCAGACGAAGCCGCUCGCGCUCUAGAGAGAGAGACCGAGAAAGAGACAGGAGGCGCAGACGGCGGUCCAGCAGCAGUUCCUCAAGAGGCUCCAGCCACAGGAAGAGAAGCCGCAGCACAGAAAGGAGGCGGAGCCGAAGCGCAGAUAGAGGGCGGGGUCACAGAUCCCGCCGUUCUCGCUCCCGCAGCCGCAGGAGGUCUCGUUCCCGUCAUCGCAGAUCCCGCAGCCGAAGCAGCGGCAGAUCCGGCAGGAGACGCAGCCGAAGCCGAGACCGUGAUCGCAGUCAGCGCAAGACUCGAGACAAAGACAGGGACCGAGAGAAAGACAGAGGACGAGACCGAGGACGUGACAAAGACAAAGAGGACGCAAAAGCCAAAGAAAAGGAAAAACAAGGGGACGCGGGGAACAUCAAAGCUGGAUUAGAACAUCUGACAGCAGCCGAACAGGCCAAGGCUCGACUCCAGCUAGUGCUCCAGGCUGCAGCUAAAACAGACGAGGCGCUGAAAGCAAAGGAAAGGAGAGAAGACGAGGCGAGGAAGAUCAAAGAGGAAGAGGAGGUCUCUCUCGCCGAGCAGGUGAGGAGGAUAAAGGAGAUCGAGGCCAUCGAGAGCAACUCUUUUGUUCCUCAGGCUUUCAAAUCAUCCCGGGACGCCGGCAAGGGAACCGAAUCUGUGGAAACGCAGGAGGCGGGGUCUGGUGUGACACCCACUGUGAAAGAGGAAGUCAUUGCUCUGCCCACUGUCAUCAAGUACAGCAACAGCGACUCUCUCGCUCACCCCAGUUUAUUCCUAGACAAGGAGGAAGCGGAGAAGUUGUGGCUAAAUCGACUCCUGUCACUGCGCCAGGAGAGGCUCAUGGGAAGUCCAGUGGCCUGAACUCAUCUUUGCCUAAUAAAGAUCUGAAUAUCAUCUUCUUAAAUAUGUUUUUUUUUUCUUUUCUUUUAAUUACUGUGCUUUUUAUUAUUAGAGGCUGCUUGAUUGAUUUCAUUCAGGAAGCCGAUAUACUUGAGUGAUUCAUUACACCUUCAGGGAUUUCGUCCGAUACGUUUACUUGACCUGCAUUAGUAGUAUUAAUGAUUUUUUUUUUUCAUUGUGUUAAAUCCAUUAACACCCGAUUCAUAAUGUAAGGAAGACAGUUUCAGAAAUAUUUGGAUUCUGUUUAAAAGGAAUAUAGAGGAAAAAUUGCAUCAUCAUACUACAGACAUCAAACUUCAUUUGUCCUUCUUUAUGUGAUGCCAGAAGUAUGAUGUAGUUUAGUUUUCCCAGGAAGUGGAAGUAAAUGGAGUUUAGAUAUAAUGUUGUCACCUUGGGGAAACACAAGAUGUUUUCAUCUCAUAAACGUUCUCAACCCAAAGGCUGAUUAAAUGUUAGUUUCUUGUUUAAAACUCUGGAACUGGUUUUUACUUAGUUAGUUCUUGAUCUUUUCCAAAAUAAAUGGCUCUAUUUUCAUGGCCCAAAUUUGUGUUUUCUCUUCUAUCAUGUAUUUAAUCAGAUCGUGUCUGGCAGAUUUGUUUUACAGUUUGCUCCACUGUCCAGCCUUGAUGUCCUUCUGCCCAGACAAAUUAAAUUCUUAACGUAAAGUGUUGCUUGGCCGAAUUAAAGCAUCAGGAUUGUGGGUUGGUUCCAGAUCUUAGGUUUCUGUCUUUGUGCAAGUUUUCCUCAUUGCCCAUGUGGGUUUCUUCUGGGUUUUCUAAUUUCCUCCCACCUUUCAAAAACAUACCACUUGAAGGAUUGGCUAUGCCGACGUUCCCCUAGGUGUUACAAUGCGCUAAUGUGUGUGUAUGAUGCCUCAAUUAAUAAACUACAUUAUUUAAAAAAAAUAUGUAUAUUUUUAGAAAAAGGCUUAUGGUUGCAGAAAUGUACUGUGAUCUUGUAUUAUUAUUAUUUUUGACAAAAU